GGAGGCGGGCCGAGAGAACUGACCAAUGGACGCGCGGGGCUGGCAGGAGGAGGAGGCAAGAUGGCGACGGGCCGGUGGCGGGCCGGGCUGGCGCUGCUGGCUGUGGCGCUGGGGCUGGGCGGACCGCGGGCCGAACAGAUGGAGGAGCAUCUGAAACGGGAGCAUUCGCUGUCCAAACCGUACCAGGGAGUGGGGUCGGCCAGCGCGGGGCUGUGGGAGCUGCAGGGCAACGCCAUGGUGAUGGCGCAGUACAUCCGCCUCACGCCCGACGUGCAGAGCAAGUGGGGAGCCGUGUGGAACCGUGUGCCGUGUUACCUCCGUGACUGGGAGAUGCAGGUGCACUUCAAAAUCCAUGGGCAAGGCAAGAAGAACCUGAACGGUGAUGGCUUUGCCAUAUGGUACACCAAAGACCGCAUGCAGCAAGGGCCUGUCUUUGGAAGCAAGGAUAACUUCCUGGGCCUGGGGGUGUUUGUGGACACCUACCCCAACGAGGAGAAGCAGCAGGAGCGUGUUUUCCCCUACAUCUCUGCCAUGGUGAACAAUGGCUCUCUCACCUACGACCACGACAGGGAUGGCAGACCCACAGAGCUGGGGGGCUGCACAGCCAUGGUACGCAACCUCAACCACGACACCUUCCUGGUCAUCCGCUAUGUCAAGAGGAGGCUGACAGUGCUGAUAGAUAUUGAUGGUAAGCAGGAGUGGAGAGACUGCAUCGAUGUGCCUGGCGUGCGCCUGCCCCGUGGGUACUACUUUGGGACCUCCUCUGUCACUGGAGACCUCUCAGACAACCAUGACAUCAUCUCUCUGAAGCUGUACCAACUGACAGUGGAGCGGACGCCAGAGGAGGAGCGGCAGGACAAGGAGGUGUACCUGCCUGUGGUGGACAACCUCAAGCUGCCAGGAAUGGAGGCACCACUGGAGCCCAUGAGCGGCCUGGCUCUCUUCUUAAUUGUCUUCUUCUCUCUCGUGGCCAUCGUCUUCGCCAUCGUUAUUGGAGUCAUUGUGUACAACAAGUGGCAGGAGCAGAGCCGGAAGCAUUUCUACUGACAGCUGCAGUGUGACAGACUGCCUCAUGGCAGCACCCCCAAUGUCCCCAAGAACCACGGUGGGGAUGGCUGCUGUUUGUCACUGGGCUCCAGGACUCCCCCAGUGCCAGAGGGGACCCACAUUGUGCUGGGGAUGAAGCUGCUGUCCCCUGCAGACCUGCUGGGAGCUGGAGCUGGGCUCUGGGAGCUGUUGGAGGUGGCUCACAGGGCAGUGGCAGCGCUGGGCUGGCUCUGCCAUCACACAUCGGUGGUGGUCACCACUUUGGCUGUGAAGUCCCAGCCCUGCUUUCUUUGCCACGUUCCUGCAACAACCCCUUUGAAGUGGUUUUGUUUCCAGGAGGGCUUUGCCAAGCUGUUCUCCUGCUCAGGCUGCUCCCAUCACCCACCUCAGACCCUCUUUAGAGACCCUCCCGCUUUUUCUUCGCACCUCGAAUCUCCCCCAAACCUCUGUGCAGCCCCUCCAUCCCAUUAACCCCCGGUGUUGGGUGUUUUGAGGACACACUGACUACUUCCCCACCCCAGGCAGGGUUUAAUACCACACUCUCCCUUCUCAAUCCCUGUUUGCUGCUGCCCUGGGGCUCAGCUCAGUCCCUCUCUGGCAUGCUGUGCCUGCACACACCUCCCACACUGCCUGCAUGUCGUUGCUUUUCUGGCUCAUUGCUCCCUCCAGGAGCAGCUGAACCACGGGGGGCCUCUCAGAGCCACAGCCCUCGCUGCCUUCCAGGGAGUCCUGGUUUAUUCCUACCUCAGUGACUGCUUCUGUCAGUGACUCCUCGCUGUGUUUCUCUUAUGGGAAGGAGCAGCGUGAGCACCUUUCACCCUGGGGACUGCAUUGGGCUCCUGCAGCUGCUCUGAGGAUUUGGGGGGUGAUGGCAUGGGGUGCCGCAGGGACAGGAGGUCGGUGCAUCCCUAACAGCUCUGAGCACAUCCAGAUGGCAGCUCUCUGCUUAUGGGUGCCAUGGGACAGGGCUGGGAGCUGUGUUUUUGAGCCAGGAUGGGUCCCAGACUGCGGGGAAUGGUGCCUUGUGGGCAGGAUGCUUGUACUGGGGUGGAUGGAAGCUUGUUAGAAGUGCCCAGAGAAACUUCAUGGGGCCUGGAAGGGGCUGCUCUGUGAUGUUUUGCCUCUGUUUUACCUGAGAGCCAGGAGUGAAACGUGUGCACCUCUUCCCAGCUGUAACAUGUCUUGGAAUAAAUGUUGGUGUGUGUGUG